UUGUUAGUUUGCAAUAUCAAAAGCGAUAAAUUGCAUUUAAUUCAAAGAAAAAGUGGAUCCAUUACACUUUCUUGGCCAUAUUUUCUUCUGCACUACUAAACUUCAGUUUUCAAACAUGAACCAAAGCCUAAACCGAAAGAGCCUAAAUUAGGAGUUGUAUGUCUUGUAUCUCUGAAUUUGCACUGAGGAAAACCUAAAAUCCGUUUUCAUAUUCUGCAAAAAAUUCUUUUACUUGCAUAUAAUCCCGUCGCCAUUCUCCCUCCAUUACCGCUCCCGCUGAAAUGGGUCUUCCAAAUAUCCUCAGAAAUAUACCAAAAGCCCUUGAAAAACCAUCGGGUUCAACCCUUUAUUCCACAAUUUUUACCCCAUUAAAUCCCAUCAAAAGCUACUCAUCAUCGCUAUAUCACCAAAAUCUAACUGGGUUUUUUUCCACGAAUCAUAGACUCGAAACACGUUUCGUGCAUACAUCCCAGACCUGUUGCUUUCAAAGAUCAAAUCUUUAUAAUGUUCCUCCGAACACAACCACUGGCUGUAGAAGGGCCGAUAAUAACCAAAACCCAGAUGCCAACACCAAACAAGAAGCUGAAAUAAUCUGCAAACUAGUAUCGACGAUUGGAAAUUCGGGAACCCUCGAUUCUGCUUUAAGUUCUGUUAAUUCAAGUGAAUGUUUAUCCCCAAGUUUGGUUCUUGAAGUGUUAAAGAAACUCAACAAUGCUGGAGUUCUGGCUCUCUCGUUUUUCCGGUGGGCUGAGAAGAGAAAAAGUUUUCAACACACUCCAGAGUGCUACAACGUUCUCAUUGAAUCAUUAGGGAAAAUAAAACAGUUCAAAAUGGUUUGGUUGUUGGUGGAUGAGAUGAAAUCAAAGGGCCUGCUUUGUAAAGAUACUUUUGCCCUCGUUUCGCGGAGGUUUGCGAGGGCAAAGAGGGUGAAAGAGGCCGUAGAUGCAUUUGAGAGGAUGGAGAAGAAGUACGGCUUGAAGCCCGAGUUGCAAGAUUAUAAUAGGUUGCUCGAUACUUUGAGCAAGUCUAGGCACGUAGAGCAUGCUCAACAAGUGUUUGACAAAUGGAAGAACAGAAGGUUUACACCCGACAUUAAAUCAUACACAAUACUGUUGGAAGGGUGGGGUCAAGAAUGUAAUUUUCUAAGGCUGAGUGAGGUUUAUCGUGAAAUGGGGGAGGAUGGAUUUCAGCCGGAUGUAGUGACUUAUGGGAUUUUGAUCAAUGCUUAUUGUAAAGGUAAAAGGUAUGAUGAAGCAGUUGGAUUUUAUUCGGAAAUGGAAAGGAAGAAUAUUAAGGCGACACCUCAUAUAUAUUGUACGUUGAUCAAUGGCUUGGGGUCUGAGAAGAGGUUAAAUGAAGCUGUCAAGUUUUUCGAGUUGUGCAAGGGUAGUAGUGAUUGUGUUAUUGAGGCUCCUACUUAUAAUGCUUUAGUGGGUGCUUAUUGUUGGUCAACAAGAAUGCGUGAUGCUUAUAGAGUAAUCGACGAGAUGAGGCAAUGUGGAGUUGGGCCUAAUGCAAGGACGUAUGAUAUAAUUCUUCAUCAUCUUAUAAAACUUCAGAAGACAAAAGAGGCUUAUUGUGUUUUCCAGAAAAUGAGCGAUGAGCCGGGGUGUGAGCCAACCGUCAGUACAUAUGAGAUAAUGGUGAGGAUGUUCUGCAAUGAGGGGCGCACGGAUAUGGCUUUGAGAGUCUGGGAUCAGAUGAAGGCCAGGGGUGUACUUCCUGGAAUGCAUAUGUUUUCAGCUUUGAUCAAUGGCCUGUGCAAUGAUAGUAAAUUAGAUGAGGCAUGCAAAUACCUUCUAGAAAUGCUAGACAUGGGCAUGCGGCCUCCAGAUUGCAUGUUUAAGCAUCUGAAGCAGUUUCUUCUUAACGAGGGGAAAGAAGAUAUCAUCAUUAUAUUGUCUCACAAAAUUGACGAAUUAAGAAGAACUCCUUUAGUCGGUUAAGGGGAUGCAACUGUGACGAUGUUGAAUAUUUGUUUGCUGGAGCUAUUACUCAUCAAGUUUCACCUGUUGAUGAUACAUGUCAGAAAUCCACACAUAUUAUUGAGAUGGACUGAUGUUCCUCGUGCAUCUUUGUUUUGCUUUUCUGUGUCCGUUGGCCUAAUGAGGCAAGCAAAAGGGUGCUGUCUCUAUGUCUGUCUAUUGCGAACAACUUGAAAAGGCAAAUCGUGUCCUAUUCCUCAAGAACUAAAUUUCAAUGCUUUCAGAGAAUAAACAUGGAAGUACGCGGACGCUUGUAGUAACAGCUCCAUCUUGCAGCAGAAACAUCAGUGUUAAUCUCUUCAUACCUUAAUUAUUCUGGAUGAGGAUCAUACAGUGCUGGGGCUGAGUUACAAUAAAUUUGAAAUGCUAAUUCUUUACUUCUGAAAGCAAGCA